GCGGUUAUAAUACACAGCACCGAGAGACUCCUCCGGUACCCCAAAUAACAAAUAGCAGACAGCAAAAGCAGAACAAAAUAGAAAUAAAUAAAUUAAAGAACACAACACAAAUUUGUGCCGGUUGAGAUGAACAAACGAGGCAACCUCUGACAAUAUCAUUAAUAAAUUCGUCAAUUAAUAAAAAUAGCAAUAGGCAUAUACUAUUUGUAAAGAUUAGAAAUUAUUAAGAGAUUAGCAUAUACUCGUCGUCGGACUGUGAUAAACGAAAAAGAGAAGCACAGACACUCAAAAAACAAGAAAAAAGAACACACAAAAAAAAAAACUCAAUUUGCAUUAUUUAUUUAUGUAGUGCAACUCAUUAACCCCCUUCCCUAUUCGGCAUGCCCGAACCGCAUGUAAAAAUACUAUAUACUACUUCUAAAGCAGAAUCGUAAUCGCUGAAAAACAUUAACAUUUGCCGCCGGCUUGAGCUUGAAGCUUGAGAGUGUCUCCGUCUCCGUCUUUGCUAUUUUCGAUUUUAAUUUGUGCAAAUAUUGAACUUUACUUUACUUAACUGUGGUGUAGGCAACGUGCAUGUGUGUAUGAAACAAAACCAACAGAAUAAACAACAAUAAUAUACAAAGCAACAACAACAAAAAACUAUGCGCCAACAGCAAUUUGUGAGAAAACAAAAUUUGCACCAACAAGUGUGAAGGAUUUUCAAAUAUUUGCCCAUUGUCGCGUCAUCUUCAAUCCGUCUCCAACCAAGGAACUUAUCCAACAGAUACUCAGUGAUUGUUUUCAUACGUUUUCAAAGAGGAAGUCUCCAUACUUACUAAAUGUACGCCUCAAUGUUACCCAGUUUAUUAACUAUGAAAACCGAAAAUUUAACAAAUUCGGGCUACGAUGAUGAUCUACUUUUCGAAGAGAAUCUUGUUCUACAAAUGAUGGAAUCGGCUGAAAGUCAUAUUAUGCAUGCGGAAGCGUUACCCGUGGGGCAUCCUGCAGGAUCUCCCAUCGGACAUGCGCUGAGUCCAAAUGGCGUCGGCUUGGGACUCAGCAACAGCAGCAACCAGAGCAGCGAGAAUUUUACGCUCUGCAAUGGCAACAGCAAUCCAAGCAGCAGCAGCAACAACAACAAUAACAAUAAUAAUAACAAUAUGUACUCACCAAACAAUAAUAGCGGAAGUGGCAGCAAUAACCAACAACAACAGCAGCAACAACAACAACAGCAGCAGCAACAACAAUCACCAACUGUUUGCGCCAUUUGCGGAGAUCGCGCAACAGGUAAACACUAUGGAGCCUCAAGCUGUGAUGGAUGCAAAGGUUUCUUCAGACGCAGUGUGCGCAAAAAUCAUCAGUAUACCUGCAGAUUCUCGCGAAACUGUGUUGUGGACAAGGAUAAGCGCAAUCAAUGUCGGUACUGUCGUCUGCGCAAAUGCUUCAAGGCGGGCAUGAAGAAGGAGGCGGUGCAGAAUGAACGUGAUCGCAUCAGCUGCCGUCGUACCUCCAACGAUGAUCCCGAUCCAGGCAAUGGACUCUCAGUCGUCUCUCUGGUUAAGGCGGAGAACGAGUCGCGACAGUCGAAAGCUGGCGCUGCGAUGGAACCGAACAUCAAUGAGGAUCUCUCCAACAAACAAUUUGCCAGCAUCAACGACGUCUGCGAGUCAAUGAAACAACAGCUUCUCACCCUCGUCGAAUGGGCAAAACAGAUACCGGCCUUCAAUGAACUGCAACUGGAUGAUCAGGUAGCUCUUCUUCGUGCCCAUGCCGGAGAACAUCUACUGUUGGGUCUGUCACGUCGUUCGAUGCAUCUAAAAGAUGUACUGCUACUUAGCAACAACUGUGUCAUCACCAGACACUGUCCAGAUCCACAUGUCUCACCCAAUUUAGACAUUUCGCGGAUUGGUGCUCGCAUCAUUGAUGAACUGGUAGUUGUGAUGAAGGAUGUCGGCAUCGAUGACACAGAAUUCGCCUGCAUUAAGGCGCUGGUCUUCUUUGAUCCCAAUGCUAAGGGUCUCAACGAGCCACAUCGUAUCAAAUCGCUGCGCCAUCAGAUACUCAAUAAUCUAGAGGAUUACAUUUCGGAUCGACAGUACGAGUCACGCGGUCGCUUUGGCGAGAUCCUCCUAAUUUUGCCGGUGCUUCAAUCGAUCACCUGGCAGAUGAUCGAACAAAUCCAAUUCGCCAAAAUCUUUGGUGUCGCACACAUCGAUUCCCUGCUGCAGGAGAUGUUGCUGGGUGGUGAACUGGCGGACAACUGUCCACUGUCGCCCCCCAAUCAGCCAAAUGAUUAUCAGAGUCCCACGCAUACCGGCAACUUAGAUGGUGGCCAGGUGAGCUCCACGCUCGAAACCUUGGCAACGGCAACCAGCGGUUCACAUGGCCUUGAUCUGGAUGUGCAGCACAUUCAGGCGCUCAUCGAGGCGAACAAUGCGGAGGACACAUUCCGUGCCUAUGCCAGUAGCAACGCGUCCACCUCCACCACGAUCACCCCAGGUCUGCCCCCGACAGCUGCAGUGACGCCACCACUGAGCAGUGCUGCCUGCAGUCCCAAGUCACAGGAGAGCGUCUACAUGGACGCAGUGGUAGCACGGCAACAAUAUGGCAAUAUCCAGCAGCACAAGAGCCAACUGAUGCACAGUCCCCAGCGUGUGCAUCCCUACCAAAGAAUGCCCACUUCACCGGUGGAUGGCGCCGGUGGUCUGGGCAUGCGCAAUCCUGCGGAUAUCACGCUCAACGAAUACAAUCGCAGUGAGGGAAGCAGCGCUGAUGAAAUGUUGCGCCGCACGCCGCUCAAGAUACGUCCCACAGAGCUGCUGACCCCCAGCUAUAAAAUGGAGCCAUGUCGCAUGACACUCAAACAGGAGCCCGAAACGGGCUAUUAACUGGUGCAAUAAGCUUAGCUACCGUAAAACUACUCCACCUCCAGUCCCCUCUCCCCUUCUUUAACUCGCUUACUGUCUCCCAAACCCGGUUUUCCCUCCAAUGAUAAUCAGAGCCCCCUCUUGCUAACUGCUAAGUGCCUAAAUACAAAGCUUACUUAAUUGUUAUUGCCUUGAACUUUUUGAUACCUUUUUACUAGAUCUUAAGUAGGUAUUUUGGAAAUUGUUGCUUAAUAUGUAAACACACAAUUGCAAUCUAUUUUUGUAUUUGAUUAUGCGAAGUGAAAUGAUUUGAAUUGAAUUGAAGUGAAGUAAGUGAACAGAAACGAAGUGAAAAGAUAUGUAUGUAAAGUCAGAUGAUUUGCUCAAAACAUUAUGCUAUAAGUACUAUAUAUAUGUACGUAGUACGUACAGUCAGUUUGUUGGUUAUCUAUAUUUUAAUAUACAGACAUAUACUUAUAUUAUAUACAAUUGCAUAUUAGAGAUAUGUGUAUGCAUAUAUUUUUCAUAUAUGCAAUACUUUGUUUUAGGUUAGGGUGUUGUUUAGUAGCGUAAAAUCUAUUAUAUGAGUAUAUUUAAUACUUAGCUGAUCAAUGAUGAAGAAUUAUUUUUAUAUGAAUAUAUCUAUGUAUAAAAUACAAAUUAAUUUAAUAUGGCUGAGA